UGGCAAAAUCAAGUCAAAGCAACAACGGCUCAAGCCAAAAAGACCCUCAGCCAUAUUCUGGUUUCAAUUCAGAAAGAGCUGUCAAAAUCUGACCAAACGGUGACUGCGCUUUCACAAAUAGAGAAUGUGGUUGGAAUGAUGCUGAAGGAUGUUGAAAGGGUAAGCAGUGAAUGUGGUGAGGAACUGAUCUAUCAAGCGCCACAGCGUUCUUCCUCCUCGUUGUCAUCCUCAUCUGCCAGAUCAAAGAAGUCAGAGUGGGAAUUUUCACUCCCUGGCACUCCCAUCUCUUCUGAUUUACCAGAGAGUAUUACUCAGCCCAUUGUGAGAUGCUCAGUCAUCGACAUGGGCAAAUCUACUAAGCCAAAAACAUUGGUGUGUGAUGCCAGGGAAAGCAUGUCUGCAAUAGUGGAUACCAUCAUAAAGGAGGUACAUCCAGAGGAAGAAGGGGAGGUUGCAUUCCACCCUGAUCUAACAGCUGCGAUAGCAAGACUGGAGGAGCUCAUAUCUCAGGGUAGGAUUGGUGCUCUCUCACGUGAUCUUACUCACCAAGUCAACCGCAUCAUUUCUGAGAGCAACUUGACCCCUCUGGUUCUGACAGUGGCGGCUGGAAAGAGUGCUUCCGAUACAGUCCUUACUGAGCUGAAGAGGAAUGACAAGACGGUGGGGAAGCCCACAGCUUACAAGCUGGUUCAGCUUUUUGCAGAGGAGUCUGUGAAGCGCCUCUUGCUUCCUAGCCUUAUGCCCUCUACAGCUUCAAUGAGUUUGGCUCAGGGAGUUAGUGUGCCGGCUAGCGUAUCUGAAGAUAGGAUUUCAUGUUCUUUUUCUACAUCAGCAUUUAGUGACACAGUCAGCCUGUUUACCAAAGUAAUGGUAAGCCAGGUCAUGGACUCUGUGGUUUCUGAUGCACAAAGCAGAGGGUCAUCUCCAACCGGAACUGUAACUGAUAUAGGCAGUCUACUGAGUGGUAAGUCCUACCCUCUGCCAUCUUUCUCCGCCAUCAGCAUGACAACAAGUGGGACCUCCAAUGCUGCACGAGGCUUUGAGGACAACAUAGAUGCUGAGGAAAGGGAUACCAUCAGUUGUUUCGGUGUACCUCAGAGCAUUGUUUGUGAUCAGAAUUCAACCAGCCCGGAUGUUGCCUCGCUUUCAACCCCAUCCACUGUUAACUUAGUCGGUGAUGAUGACUUCACCGGCCUCAUCAGCAUGUUAGUGGUGAGACUUCUGUCAAAAAUACAAACCCAAACUGAUCUGUACCCAACUGACGUCACACGCACGUCACAAGACCUGAUUCCAAAAGUUAUAGCUGCCUUCUGUGCAUGGUCAGGCUGCUCUGAGACCCAAGCUUAUCCCAAGAACCUGAAGAGUCACAAAGUAUACAGCACCGUCUACAAACAUCUGUUGAAGGAGUUUGGCUCAGAGAAAAUACUCCAACUGGCCGUGUCGACUCAGGACUCCACUUUCAAUAGGAUUCUUGUGAAGUCAUUGAGCAAGGAGCUUCUCCACAGUUGUAACGAGGCAUCAAGAGCAGCCUCAAGAACAUCUUUCGAAGCCACCAGGCCAGAAGCUCUUCUCAUGGCUGAAGAUGUGAAGGCUACCAGAGGGAAGCUGUCUUUCCUACAAAGGCUUGCCAGACUGAAAUUCAACUUAAAGCCAUUCAUGAUGGGAAACAAGAAGAAUUCCCGCCAUUCUGAAUCCAAAGACCAGACUACUGCUGAAGAGAUCAUGUGUAAGUCCAUACAGCAGGACAUUUACUGUUUGAGAUAUUGGUGUACAAAGCUGCUAUUGCAAAAAUAUUAAACCCUAUAUACAGUACAUUAUAUAUUAUCGAUAGUAAUCUCUUAUGUACAAUUAUUUAUAGUUUCCAAAUCUCAAGAUUCUGGUUCUCAUUUAUUUGUGAAAGUAAUAAUGAGUUGAAACUAAGAAUACAAUAUACCAUCAUUUCUAAAUGAAAGUGCAUGUCAACUCUCUCUCUUCUGUCGCCCAACAUAGUGGCACAUCCUGCCACGUUUGAACUCCCAGAGGGUCUUCCCUCCACCUCUCAACAGGAGAAGCCUCGCAAACGUCCCCUUCUAAUCAGGAUGUUUUCCACCAUCUCCAUAGGCCUAUCCAAGCCAUUCAAACGGUUUUCAAAGCAAGCUUAAUACAACAAUUUCCUUUAAUACAGUAAUAUUUGCAUUGAAUUGAUGGC